AUGUCCCUUCCCAAAUCCGCCCUCUUCCAUUUAGAUGGAGACAACGAACGGGAUGCUGCCGUGCUGGCGAAAAGAGCACAAACGUUGAGCAUGAGUCUUAGAACUUCAUCAGCGCCGAAAAAGUCCAAUGAUGUGCCUAGUAUUGAUGAUAUCUUGUUGUUCCCAGUCGAAAACUCCCAUGCUUAUUCUUAUGCCCACUUGUCCCCAAAUUCGUUGGCUCUUCGACUUAACGUUUUGAAGCGUUCUCUAGAGAUUAUGAAUGAGCGUCCAGGGUGGUUCAACUCCCUCAAUCACCACGAGGACCUGAACAACAGUGACGAUGAAUUAACGCCAUUAUCUCCUCACCCGAACCACUCGUUGCUCGCCGAUGCGGUUAGAAACUCCUCUCAGUCUUACCAGAGGCAACCGCUGCUCAAUGAUGGGGACCAAGUUCAGCUGUCCAAAGAUCACAUUAAAACGAGAACGAAUGCUUCAUCUGCUGCUUUGAGCGUCUUGUUUCGACCAAGUAUUUCUCGUUCAGAAAGCUUUGCAACAUCGUCUAACUCACGUCGAACAAGCUCAUCACAUAUUUCUGAAAACAAUGACAAUUCCGAACCCAUAGAUUCCAUUUUAAAUGAGGACUUGAAAGACUUGAUCGAGCUACUAGAAAGUGACUCGUCAGUCAUCUCUCAUAAUUCAGAUUUUGCAUCAACGCUUCACGACUUGUCUCUCUCAUCAAGCGACGAAGACGUGCAAAAAAGACACAGCACAUUAAAGCACAAACUUCUAUUUGCAUUGGCCACUCCUUUUGUUGAAACUUCGAACAUAUCAUCAUACAUAUGGGGUGAGGAGGCUUCAAAUGGCUCACCCCCAUUUCUGCCCUUGCCAAACGCCUCAAGUACAGCCUUGAACUUGCUAAAUUCUAUUCAGCAACCGCAAGCUGCCACAGCUCUUGGAAAUCGACCAUUUCACUCUAUCUCUUCAGGUAAACAUACCUCUCCACAGUCUAUUAUAACAGUUAUGGCAGACUAUCCUUGGACUUUCAAGGCUGCUAAUGACUUGGCUUGUUUAAUGUUUGGAAUUCUGAAAAGCAUGAUCAAAAAUUUGACGUUGAUCGACAUUAUUGCCCCUCAAUUCCGCAAUUUUGUCACAGAACGGUUAACAAGACUGUUGACUGGAACUCCAAGAAAUCAACCGGGUGAUAAGAAUAUCAUCUUUGCGGGUGAGAUCAUCGCCAUCAGUAGACAAGCUGAUGGAACAUUUGCAUGGACCUCUUUCUGGGCGAAGAAGAGAGGAGAUCUCAUCAUUUUCAUGUUUGAGCAGAUCUCGUGCGACGCAUUCGACCUAGUCAUUCUGUGCGACGUUGAGACAUAUCCGAAUUCACUGUAUGUUAUCACGUCUGUCGAUGAAAUAGCUGGUAAACUUAUCAGCAAUCUUGACGCUAGCGGAAUUACAAAGCUUGAUGUCUUUUCGGAAUCGUUAGCAAAAGAUUUGGAGAAACUGGCUACUAGUCACAAGAAUGAAGAUGAAUGUGACUCUCUUGACAGCGCCCUCAUUAACAAAAACAGAUACUACACUAUUCAGUUGAAUGGCGAUACUAUUCCUUGUGCUCUAUCUUCAUACCCACUUGAAAAGGAUGAUGAGAAAUAUGAGUUAAAGAUCAAGAUUCAUUCUAUGCCAUACAUUGCCGGUAUGUUUGUUGUUGAUUUUUCUACUUUUAACGUCCUUUCGUGCAAUAAGGCUAUCGCCAAAAACCUUUUUGGAGUUUCAUCCAAUAAAGUUAUCGGAUAUGGUAUCAACAACAUUCUUCCACAUUUUUCUGACAUAUUGAAGACUGGAUUGGAUGACCAGCCAAAUCAGCAGAUUGUUCCGGGUUUAGUUUUGCCUGAACAUUUUUUCCGGAAGUACCAUGCAUUGCUUUUGGCAUUUAAAAAUGAUCAAAAUGCAGAAGAAUUGUUUUUCAGCUCAAGAGGAAUUGAGGGACGUCAUAGAGAUGGAAAAUCCUUACAUGUUGACGUUCAACUUCGAGUGAUCCUGUCGGAAAUCUUUGUUUUGUGGGUCACCUACUCUCGUCAAUCAAACAAGAACAUUGGGAAACAAUUGGACAAAUUGACGAAAAGUACAUCCUCACUUUCCAUCAGUAGCUCCCCUACACAGCUACCAAAUAUCAGUUUGAAAAGUAAUGAAAAUAGCAAGGUUGAUUUGCCCUCUCAGCUAUGUAUCUUCCCCAAGAACGAGGGAGAACUUAUGGAGCUCGGCUCCUCUAGCCCUGAGAUAAGUCGUCAUAAUAGUACGAGGAAACCAAAGAGAGCGACCACUUUUUCAAUACCUGUGAAUUUUAUUAAAGAUCUGUCCAGUUUUGAAAGAGAUAAUCACAGUAAUGGCUCUUUAGGUACGACUUCUGAUGGAAAAACGACCCCAAAAUCACGGGAUACUCUGUCGAGCAAUGCCACUACGGUCAAGACUGAUAGCAGCGGAAAUUCAUAUUACAAGAAGUAUACUGACCAAGAGAUGUUAAUCAUGGAGAACGCGGAAAUAGAAGAAAAGAAGAACAAAUCGAAAUAUUGGCCAAGUGUGAUUGGAGAAAAGAAAAGAACAAAAAAAUACAGUGAAUUUCGAGUGCUUAAGAAGUUAGGAGAGGGUGCGUAUGGCAAAGUGGUUCUUGCUGAACAUAAUAACGACCCUGCUUACAAAAUUAUCAUUAAGUGCAUUGAUAAACAGAGAAUUCUAGUGGAUACAUGGGUCAGAGAUCGUCUGCUAGGAACAAUUCCGUCGGAAAUCCAAAUUAUGGCAACAUUGAAUCACGAUCCGCAUCCCAACAUAAUGCGUAUAAUUGAUUACUUCGAGGAUCCUGAUUAUUACUAUUUGGAGACGCCCAUUUUCGGCAAUCCGCCUGCCAUAGAUUUGUUUGACUAUAUUGAAGUCAAGAAGGAUAUGACUGAACAUGAGUGCCAACUUAUUUUCCGGCAGAUUGUUCUGGCCAUUUACCAUUUGCAUAAGCAAGGAAUAGUACACCGAGAUAUCAAAGAUGAGAAUAUAAUCGUUAAUGAGUUCGGUGUGAUCAAGUUGAUUGAUUUUGGUAGUGCUGGUUAUACUAAGCAAGGUCCCUUUGAUGUAUUUGUCGGCACUAUUGACUACGCUUCUCCAGAAGUUUUAAGAGGUGAAAAGUAUGAGGGCAAACCACAAGAUAUAUGGGCACUUGGAAUUCUUUUGUACACCAUGAUCUACAAGGAAAACCCGUUCUAUAACGUCGACGAAAUUAUGGAAGGUGAAAUGAGAGUGCCUUAUGUUGUUAGUGAUCUUUCCCUUCGAUUAAUCCGGUACAUUUUGAAUAGGCUGAUUGACCAAAGACCUACCAUCACUGAUAUCGCCGACGAUGAUUGGCUUGAUGUGUGA